GAAAGAAGCGCAAUGAAAUGUGGCGAGUUUUCAGAGAGUUCGACCUGGCGAAGGUCGACCGGGUCUGCGCAAUAACCCCGAAACAAGCGAUGGACAAGUAUCACGAGGUGGGCAACAGUCCUAUGCAUGCAGAUCUGGAGCAGCUACCGAUAGCGGAACACCUUCCCGAGCUUGUGCCCAAACUCACGCCGGAGGAAAUUGCAUCACUGGACGAGGAAAUAAAGCAGGACGAGUUCGAGCAGGUGGCCAGGGCGUUACGGAGGGGCGGAAAGGCGCGGGACGUCUUCGGGCUGCAGGCAGGAAUCUUUAAGUUUCUGGAUGACAGUUCCGCCACAUUGCUGACGCAGGUCCUGAACAAGGAACUAAAAAAUCGGAAGCUAUCGGAGCUACGCGCGGAUCUACACCUCUGCAAGGACGUGCCCUUGUACAAGAAGGGAGACCCGAAAGACCCGGACAAUUAUCGCUAUUUGGUUAUCAGUCCGCUCUUGUUGAAAUUCUGCACGAAGUUGUACAGCGACCGGCUGUAUAGUUUACUGGAGUCCAAAGGGUAUUUCUGUCCAACACAGUACGGCUUCCGGAGCGCGCGGGGCACAUUGGAGUCGAUCAUGGUUUUCAAUAGGAUCCGCGAGGACUUGGGCCACUACUCCCACCAUAGGUCGUCUAAGGUACUGAGUACCUUAGUCGACCUCCGGAAAGCCUUCCCUUCGUUAAACUGGAGACUGGUGACGGGCGUCAUGACUUGCCUGGGAAUCGAAGAAAGCACAUGCUGGCAAAUCAUAAACAGUUCGCACAGGCAUGCGGUCCACCAGUUUCAUGACCAAGAGACCGGCAUACCAGGGGACAGCUUCACCCUUACGCAUGGAACAAAGGAGGGCUGUGUGUCGUCGCCGCUGGUGUUUCUGAUAAGCUAUACGGCGGUCCUCCGAUAUUAUCGCAAACUUCUGCAGGGAAACGGGGCUGAAGAGCUCAAGGGGGUCCGGCUUUACUCGCGGGAAUCGACUUGGCACAUGCCGCGCGUAGAUAAGCUGCACGAAAUUUUCGCCGGAAGCCCCCCAGAAGACGAAGACGAGACCACGGAGAUUGAUCAUAUUCGGGACCUCUUGUUCGCGGACGACACCACCCUACUGGAGCACAUGACUACCGAAGAGCUGACGGAAUUCGUGCGGCUCAAUGCAGCACUAGUGGCGGAAGACCUUGCUCCAGAAGAAUCCGACGCGAUGAAGCUCCUAACCAAGGCCCUACACGCGGCGGGUUGCAGCGAAAACGAGACGAAGAGAUACAGCAACGACAUCACCAAGAUCGCGGUGCGUAAUCUAGGCGCGUGGACGGAUCCGGUGGAAGACGUUCGACAAAAAAGGCGAAAGGCUUGGACAGCAUACAACAAACUGCGCGGCAAAAUGAGUGGGGUGUCCAACCUCCACAACGAGCGACGCGGGUCCUUGAUCGUCAUUAUGAUUCGCAGCAUCUUUCUCUAUGGCUUGGCGGCGCGAUACGUCGGACCCGAGGAAAUUCGGGCACUGGAACGGGAAGAGCUGAUCAUGAUGCAGCGCAUUCAGGACCUGCCAUGGUGGGAGCGAAUUUUACAAAAGAAAAGCGCGUCGGAACUGCGGAGGACGCUAAAAGUUCCACCCCUGGCGGCCCAUUUGAAAUACCUGCAAAUGAGAUUUCUGGGACACGUUCUGCGAAGUGAUAGCGACGACAUCACGAGGAGGGCACUUGUCGGGCAGUUCCUUCCGAUCCUCCACAACCGAACCGGCCCAG